AAAUCAAUAAAUAAACAUGUUUAUCAUGAACCUCUCUGUAGAGUCUACAAGUAAACAACAGGAGUAGUUGAUGAAUCAACACUUGUUCGAGUUUGGACCCUGCAGCCUAUCAGCUCUGAGCGCAGACCCUCAAUCAUGAAAGCGCUGAACCGCAGCCGCCCCCAGACGCGUGACGUGUCCGCCCGCUCGCAAAACACUGAAACCGGUGGAUGCAACACGUCCCUCAGACUCUCCGGUGCUGAAGCUGCGCGCAUCCCGGAGAUUCCAGCACCCCGCGUCCUCUCACCGCUUCACUAUGGAUCAUGACGCUUUUCGGCGCCUGGUGAAACUUCUCUUCGUUUCCUUCUCUCGCUUUAACCAUCACCUUCGCGUCUUGACGUGAUAGACUUGCUGUUUGACAGCCCUGGGAAUCGGUAUAACCUGAACACUCACUCUCUUUUUGCGGUAUAGUUAUGUCUGACUCUACAACUGUGCUGCUAUUCGAACUGACGCUUUAAUUUAGUUGCACUUUGGCUUCACCAAUUAAAUAAAAAACAAAAAACGCAGAGAUUUCUGGAGUGAAUUGACGCCUAAACGCGCAACUGGAGCAGAGCCAGUGCCAUGGGGCCCUUACUCUGGGAAGGGCGCCUGUCAUGUUUUCUCCUCCACGCUUCUGUUCUCCUGCUGCUCAGCAAGGGGGAGCGGAUGUGCCCUGUGAGUUGCCGCUGCGAAGGCAAGAUUGUUUACUGCGAGUCUGGCGGCUUUCAAGACGUCCCGGAGAACAUCUCUCUAGGGUGCCAGGGUCUAUCUCUGCGCUACAACAGCCUCCUGUUGUUGCUACCUUACCAGUUUGCUCACCUCAACCAGCUGGUCUGGCUCUACCUGGACCACAAUUCCAUCAGCACAGUGGAUAGGCUGGCCUUCCAGGGACUCCGUCGGCUAAAGGAGCUAAUUCUGAGCUCGAAUAAAAUUGCGCAGUUGCAAAACGGCACGUUUGAGACUGUCCCGAACCUGCGCAACCUUGACCUGUCCUACAAUCAGAUGCAGGACUUAGUACCUGGGCAUUUCCACGGACUUCGCAAGCUGCAAAACCUUCACCUGCGAUCAAACAACAUCAGAAGCAUACCUGUCCGUACUUUUAUGGAAUGUCGGAGUCUGGAGUUUCUGGAUUUGGGCUACAAUCGCUUACGGACUAUAACUCGUACGACCUUCCUGGGACUGCUCAGGCUGACAGAACUUCACCUUGAACACAAUCAGUUUUCCCGGAUUAACUUUUUCCUAUUUCCACGGCUCUUAAACCUGCAGGCUCUUUAUCUGCAAUGGAAUCGCAUACGGACAGUCGUCCAAGGUUCGCCUUGGACCUGGCACACUUUGCAGAAACUGGAUCUAUCAGGCAACGAGAUUCAGAUUUUGGAUCCUGCUAUUUUUAGGUGUUUGCCCAACUUGCACACACUCAAUCUGGAGUCUAAUAAGAUCAGCAACGUGUCACUGGAAGUGGUUUCAUCAUGGAUCUCCAUUAGCACCAUCAACCUGGCAGGAAACAUAUGGGACUGCAGCUCUAGCAUAUGCCCUUUGGUGUCUUGGCUGAGAAACUUCAGGGGAACUAGAGAUGCCAGCAUUAUUUGCAGCACUCCUAAAUCCCUUCAGGGAGAAAGAGUAAUGGAUGCGGUGAGGAACAACUCGGUGUGUGAAGAGAUGUUUACUGUGGAACCGACCACAGAAUUAACCCUUCUUUUGACUACUACUACGACAACUCUUUAUGUGACAAAGCCACCUACAACUACCACUACAACCCCACGCACCACGACUAGACAGCUUUCCCAAGUUACCCACAUACAAAGACUGACCCCAAAGGUUUUAUUACCCGUUCGACCUGAGAAAGAAUUCCUAACGGUGACACCAAGCAGCUUACCCUUUACCCCCGAACCGGAGUUUGAGCAUAUGACCUUCCACAAGAUCAUCGCUGGCAGCGUCGCCCUAUUCCUCUCAGUGUCAUUAAUCCUAUUAGUGAUUUACGUGUCGUGGAGAAGGUACCCUAACAGCAUGAGACAACUCCAGCAGCACUCAAUCCGGCGCAAGCGCAGGAAAAAGACCCGAGAGCCUGAACAUAACAUCAACUCUCAACUGCAAGAAUAUUAUCUGAGCUACAACCAUGCCAAUGCAGAGACCAUGGACUCUUUGGUUAACGGGGCGUGCACCUGCACCAUCUCGGGCUCCAGAGAGUGCGAGAAUGCAUACUCGUAUCCCAGACCGCUACCGGGGGCCUGGAUGGGAGACGUACCCACAAUUCACUGAGGAGGCACACUACUGGCCAUUAUGAUUUGCAGCGGCUCAGAUAAAGCCCUUCCUGGAUUUUGCUUCAGCGAUUUUACAACACAAAGGGAGUGUAAUUUGAAAAGAAUUAGGCUGAAUGGGCGGCACACAUCUUCAAACCCUCAUUCAAAUGUGGAGCAAGUGGAUACAGCUUCAAUUUGACACCCUUUCCAAACCGGUUUGGUUGUCACAUCGGCCAACAAUAAACAUCCCCCACAAUGGGGCUGGCAAGCACGCAAGGCAAAUCUAUUCAAAAUGAACCAGCAAAAUCUUUCUCGACGUAACCAUUGUUGCUGUAUGAUAGCUACUACCUGCUCUCCCCCACAGGAAAUCGACGUCUAGCGUCCGACCGGCUCAAACCUCCUGUCCCGUUCAUCCUUUUGUGUUGUGUAGUGCUGUGACAAACGAUUCAUGCAGAACCAUUUGAAAAAGUCUCUCAUGAUCAGUGGACGGUAAUUGCUCAAUUGAGCACAGCCCACAAGGAUGUUUCUGAGGACCACCAAACAACGGAAGAUAUUUUUGACUGCUUUGAAAACAUCCAGAUAAAAAAAGCUUGUUUGCAAAGACUGUAACCUCACCAUGAGUUCCCACUGUGAUUUGAUUUCAACCCUGGCUGAACUUGGACUCGCCACAGGAGAGCUCAAUUGUGGGUAUAGUGUGUAUGUGUGUGUGUUGUGGAUGUGUUUUUUUGUUCUUUGUUUAAAGCUGGAUUUUCCACGCUUUUCUUGGAUUUUUUUUAGGAGUCUCUUUGUUCAGACAUAAAAGUUAGCUCACUAUUUUUGUAAGAGCACCAUAUCAUCAUAAUGUGAUGAAUCAAAGAGAGAUCAACUUUAAAAACAUGGAAAUAC